GGAGGAGUGGUGCCGCUGGUGGUGGUGAGGACGAUACGUACAUGUAUUGCUCAGGUUGGCAAGCUAGCGAAGUUCCUGCUCAACGCCAGUCCUGUACUGCUGUAGUUUGCAGGGUUGUGGGGCGACGUGCGAUAAAGCGAUCGCUUGGGUAGAAGUCCAACCCAGAGACAUCAUCUAGGGCUUAGUGAUUGUGUGUACUGGAAAUCCCAAGGCAUUGGCAUCGUCUAGGCACAUCGGUCGCGGGCAGAGGGUUUCACGGUGAGGAAUUCAGCCGACUGCUUCCUCAAGUCCCACUGAGGUGUUGCUACUGUGCCAGCUACAUUGUUGUGAGUCUUUCAGAUCUGCCAUUCACCUCGUCGUCCGCGUCUUUUUGGGGCGUCUCACGCACGAUGCCUUGGUCCGGCACAUCUGCCCUGGUAGCAAUAGCCGAUGUCGUCUUCCUUGUCCUCCCUCAGUAGUGUUCCGUUGCGGUCUUCUAGACUUGCGCUGUUCUUUCUCCUUUGCUUGGCGAGUUCGCAGAUGACAUUCGAAGAGGUCUUCCAACCAGUUUCAGUCCUGCGGACCACAGUUCCGAGUGUGGUGGGAGCUGUCACAAGUCCGGAUUUCGUUACUGUAGGACAGAACGUGACUUAGUUGGCAGUUUUUGGCGUGAAAGUGGGGAAGAAAGUGUGAGUGCGUCUGUCUGCGACGCGAAAUAUCAUCAUCAUCAGCAGCAGCAGGAAGAUUGUUCGCGCUAAUAACGGCCCAAGGAGAGAGCGUGACAGAUUACAGCCUGCUUCAGAGGUUCUGCACUGUGGCAGCUUUUAGUCAGCUGACCAGGCCUGACUGCGGCAGUGUUUCACAACAGUCACUGGUCAGGCUGAAGACUCGGCUGCUGUUUCCUACCAAGUAUUUCAGCGUUUGCGCGCUGCCCUUUCCCGUCUGUCACCAGCCCAUUCACAGCGGUGCUAGCUGUGGAUUCCGAACAAUCCCACAGAACCAAUCCGUCACCCAGUCACACGUCUAGUGCGAAGAAUGGGCUGUUGUGCAGUGUGCGCUAGACGUACGACAACGUCGUACGGUCCAACGUCUGGCGAUGCUGUGAAGUGGAAUCAGGGGAGUUCUAGCGCCACUGCUGCCAACGCUGGCGAGUCGUGGCGCGAGAAGAACCAGCCCGUGCUAAUCGCUGCGAACACCAGCACUGAACUACUCUCCGAAGAUGUGAAACGUUCGUCAAUGCGCAGUAAUUUCAGUAUGGAUCCUGGCCUGACGGCCAUUGCCAGUGCAGAAAGGAGAGCUUCGGACGAGAUGGAUGGCGGACGAACGCCGCGGAAGCGGAAAUCGAGACGACGCGAUAAUCGCAUCGUGGUGCGUGUCCUGCUGCUGGACGACACAUACCAGACGUUCAAAGUAACGCGCAAAAUGCACGGUCAAGAGCUGUUUGAUCUGGUUUGUGAGAAUGUCAAUCUGUGGGAACGUGACUACUUCGGUCUCCGAUAUCAGGACAGCCAAGAGCAAUUGUACUGGUUGGAGCUGAAUGAGCGGAUCAUGAAGCAGAUCAAAGUCUCGCCGAAUCCAGUCUGUUAUCUGUGUGUCAAGUACUACAUUCAGGAACCUACAACACUUACUGAGGAAAUCACCAGAUACCAGUACUUCCUGCAACUAAAGAGAGACAUCCUCUAUGGUCGUAUUCUAGUGUCGCACGACACGGCAGUGCAUCUCUUUGCGUGUGCUGUUCAAUCUGAACUUGGAGAUUACAAUGAGGAGGAGUUUGAGGACGGCUACGUGUCUGAAUUUCUAUUCUUGCCUGAAGAAUAUCAGACUCCGGAACUGGAGCAGGAAGUAGCGGAAUACCAUCGACAACUGGCUGGCAUGGUUCCCUCGCAAGCGGAGACUGCCUUCUUGGAGCGUGCACAUCUACUGCCACUUUACGGAGUGGACCUUCACCCGGUCAAGGGUUUGGCUGGCACAGAUCUCCAAGUAGCUGUUGGUCACUCUGGCUUGGCAAUCUUCCAGGAUGCUACCCGUGUGGGCUUCUACCAGUGGCCAAAGAUCAAGAAAAUUCAGUUCAAACGUAUCUAUUUUACACUACAGAUCACAGUUGGUGAUGCAAAGUUUGACAGCAUGGACGUGCUGCGAUACAAGUUCCUGGCUCCGUCCGAUGCGGCAUGCAAGGAGCUGUGGAAAUGCUGCGUGGAACAGCACUGCUUCUUCCGUCGAUACGCCAUUGCACCAGAGAAGAGCGUGGUUACAACGUCCGGUGGUCUACUUCGUAACAAGAACACGAGCAGUAUGAUUCACGUACCGCGUACCAACCAUCAAGUAAAACAACAAAACAUGGCUCACAAGAGAGCAGAGCCCACGUUUGAACGGGCACCGUCCAGGCGUUCCCAUUGUAGUCUUCCACCAGAACUUGAGUUUCCACGCUCAUCACAUCGGUGGCCGAGAGGCAAGAGUGACGAGAACGGAGGGGCAGACGCGCCUCUUUCGCCGCGCGAAUCUGCUCUCAGGCCCAUCCGCCGUGGCAGCAACAAAUGGACGAAUUUCACGGCGUUUCGAAAGAGUGUUCACGGAGGCAAGAGCAAGUCGCCCAGUUCUGACUCAUUCGACAGUAAACCAGUGUCUCGAGCUCGCUCCAUGCCGCUCAGUCCUGACCACUGGGCUGACAAGAAGCAGGAUGAUUCCAGCGAGAAUGAGCUGGCAAAGCGACAGGAGAUGGAGCAACUGCGGCAAACAGCACGCACCCCGAUACGCCGCUCGGCCUGGAGCUCCGAAGAAGAGGUCCCGACGCCGAUCGGUAUCUCCGGUCACUCGUCGGCCAUGGAUGUGCGACACAACGAGCGCUUCUCUCCGGCUGGCGCAAGCUCCGGUACACCGACGCCAAUGACGGCUGGCACGCAGAGUGGUGCGGGUAAGCGACCCAGCGGCACUUCACUUCACUCCCGCCAGGACAGUGCGUCGUCGUUCUAUCGUCUGAUGCGGCGCCAGAGCCGUGUUGGAGCCAUAAACCCUGCAGUGCCAGCCACACCACAGUCCGAUCUCUCUCUCAGCACCUCGCCUGGAUGUCCGAAAUGGCCAUGGUUCACGUCGGGCAUCCACGGUGAGGCUCUGGCUCUGGCCGAGUCAUCCACCACAACCUACAAACCUAGCUCCGCCUCUGCCAGUCCCUUCACACAUGCUAACUUCUCCGCCAGCCCGCCUGCUGAUACGGAUGAGCAGCAUGCACGACGCAUGACGGAGAUGUGGCAUGACCUGGAGCAGGUCGGAGGUGAGGUGCCGAUGGACUUGAUGUUGCGUCCUACGGGCAGUCAACUGGAGAGUGCUCGUCGAUACGGUGUUCACAGCAUGUUCCUGGAAAUGACACAGACGGGCGUUGGACUGGGAGAAAGCGGUGAUCGACACAGGGACAUGUUGCCAGAGAAAACACUAAACACUCAAGAUCUGGACAUUGAUAUACCCACACAAAUGCCUGGACAAAUCAGUCCUCAUCCAAGUCCUUUGUUUAGUCAAAGACGCUCGACUAACCCCAACAUGACCAACACUCCACAGAGUCUGAGGAAUCGCCGCACCACGGUCUGUGUCGGCCUGCCCAUGGUUACGAGCAGCUCUAACCAAUCGGUGGACAGCGGCCAUCCGUCCAGUCCAGUGUCGCCCCAGAUCACUCCGCUCAACAGCCAAGGUAGCACUCUAUCCGCUGGCAGUGUACCACCGCAAUCGACAAGCACAGGGGCAACAACUGCCGUGACGGCAAACUCCACUGCUGAUCUUCCACCGGAUCAAACCAGAGUUUCCAGCCACUUGACAUCCACAAAGGAGCACAACGCAGUUCAUGAGAAGGCUGCCCUCACGUCCGAUUCCGCUCAUCAGAUUUCGCACAAUGCUUCACGUACCGGGCAUGACACUAGAGCUCUACGCGACCCGCAUGCAACGGCACGGCUUGUUGAAGAUCCACGACACAUCAACGCCGAGCUGUCGCAAACAAAAUCAAGCACGGCAGAGCAGGGCAACGGGAAGCAGCAGAAACAGAAACAACACGCUGAUUACUCUAACAUCAAUGGGUAUGGGGCCGCGAAUGCCUCGCCAAGCACAGCAAAUGAACCUCCAGAAAAACUGCCCAUACCUCACAGCCCUGCGGCAAUGGCGACAGACAAAGAUGAGAGCACCAGCAGACCUGUGCCAAGCAGACCAAGAAAACAAACCGAGACCCAAAUCGGAAACGGAGCCGUUCCAAGAGCCACAAAGUCACUGCCCCAAAGCCAUGCCAGCAAUACCCCUAUAAGCCGCCAUCGUCAGAUCCCCAACUCCACUCUGGCCACACGCAAUGACGACCAAGCGGCAGCAGCGAAAAGCAGCAAUGCUCCCAGCUACCCUCCCAGGACAACCUCCAAAAAUAGCAGACCGCUCACAGUGGAAAAUGAACAGCGUCCGGAGGCACGCAAACGAGCAAUGGCGAGAGCAGCGUGCAACCCGGAAACAAGCAAUGACCGACCAGUGGUAGCGUCAACUGAGACCUCCGCCAGUGCCACUGCUGCUCCCACCGCCACUAUUGUUGUAUCAGAGAGACAGGUCGUCAGUGAGACACAGCCACCUGUGAUCAGUCCCCGCAGUUCAUCACUGGCGCCGUCGCGUCGUAGCAGCUCUGUAUCCAACAUACACGCACACGCUACGCAGGGCAGCAUCAGCAGUGUUGGCAGUAGCAGCACCAGCAGCAGAAGCAAGCAGUCUUUGACUGUCCACGACGGUGGUACGACUUCGCAGCGUCUCACCAACUCCGCUCGGAGUGCGUCCAUUGGCAAUGCCCUUCACACAACGACCACUGCCACAGCUGCUGCACCUGUUGCUACCAGAGAUCAUACAUCAGUGACAUCCUCCCAUGCCGUGACACCAGUAGCGCCACCCAGAUCUUCCAGUAUACACAAAAGAAAACUGAACACAGCAACCGCACUGCCCAGCCCAGUCAAACGGUCCCUCAGCUCACCACGCAUACUAGCUAUAUCCGAUACUGAUGCUGUGCAGCUAACCGGGUCGUCUCAGACUGUCUCGCCAUCAUCAGUGUUCCUUGGUAGACAAACCAGCAACAGCAGCGGCGGGGGAGGUGAUGACUUCUUUAGCGAUGUCCUGACCAGCCUGGACAAGCAGGGUGCUGGCUUUGGGCAGUUCCUGCGCCAGGACUCAAAGUCCUCCGUCCUCUCCUCCGUCUCCUCGCGCAGCAAUCAUGCGGUCGGUCAUGAGUGGUUCCAAACCGAUCUUGUGGAGAGUAGCUGAAUGUGCAGGAGUCGCUCGGUCAUGCUUGACUUCCCUUAGGUCCACUCUCUCUCUCUCUCUCUCUCCCAAUGGCAGUCAAAGUGGAGCUCUGUGUUUGUGCUUGAAACUCUCCAAAUUGCGGGACCAACCACUGUGUGUGGAUGUGUUUGGCUUGAUUUCAUGAUCUAUGGAGCUUGUUCGAAGAAAACAAGUAUACAUGUGUAUGUGUACAGAGACAGACGCGUGCCCUGUAUGUGUUCCUGGGUGCCCGGAACCCCCCCUUUUUUCGUUCAAAAUGCAGGAUUUUGCUUCUUUUUUUUUUAAAUUUCCCGGGGAGGUCCCCCCCGGAACCACCCUUGAAGGGCACCGGCGCACGCGCCUGUACAGAGAUAAUGAGUAUGUGUAUGUAUGUAUGCAUUAUUAUUAAUUUUCAUGUACGUGCAAAAGUUUCCAAUGGAAUGAGGCUAUAAGAUAUUGUUGUUCCCCAGAGCUUCAUGGCUCUUCAACCCAACCUAUGUUCAGAGAACAAUGAUAAUGCCUUGGGCUUGCUUCAGGCACAUGUAUGUCUAGUGAGUGUAUGUGCAAAUACCAGUUGAUCCCGGUGGUGGUAUAACAGUUGAUCCCGGUGGUGGUGGUAUUUGUAGUAACAAUGACUAUAUUCUGGUGCUUGUGAUCAAAGCCAUGCAAGUGUACCCUGGGCAAGAGAGCUGCCGUUUUGUCCCACUGUAUAUAGCCCAGUGCUGCUGCUUGUACUAUCUUUUCAGAGUGCAGCGAGCAUCAACACUCAACAGUCUACCAAUAGGUACAUGGCUGUGUUUGACUCUCUAGAGUAGAGUCAGGUGCUGGAAGGCUCCACCACUGACUGCGUGUGCAAGCUUCUGUGUGUGUGUGUGUGUGUGUGUGUGUGUGUGUCUGAGUGUGUGUGCGUGUGUGUAUUUGUGAGUGUGUGUGUGUGUGUGUGUGUGUGUGUGUUUGUGAGUGUGUGUGUGUGUGUGUGUGUGUGUGUGUGUGUGUGUGUGUGUGUGUGUGUGUGUGUGUGUGUGUGUGUGUGCGCGUGCGAGCGUGCACAGGCAUAGAUCUACCAUGUGAAUCUGGUCAUGGCAUAAACACUUCACCUCGAACCAUCAGUGCUCAUCCAAUGUGUUUCUUUGUGAGCAAAGACUGUCUUGAUGUACUUAUGCAAGUGCGUGAGUGGCUUGAUAACUAAUACUAUGCACUAUUGAUGAUGAGGUUGUAGAGAGUACUAGAGACCCUACUCUAUCGGCUGUCUCAGAGGCAUUGAACUUUAAUGAUAGCAAUCUGGUCACUUCAUGCUGUUCGUUUUGCGAGAAAUGUCUUACUGGGUUUGUUUUAUCCAAAUUGCAAACGUGGCACAACCAUGGAACUUUGAAGCUGAUGUUUAUGGCUGUUUGUACAUUGCGUAAACCGCUGAGUUUUCUCCUCGUGACUACUAAUUAGAGAGAUAUUCACUAUCAUCACUAUGCCAAACUGCUCUUUCUGCUUCAACUGAGCUUCUCCCUUUGCUCCAUCAUUUGCAACUAUUAAAGUAAAGUAAUAGCUACUUGAACUACAAUAAUGUGAAAUACAUGUA